UGGCGUCGUACAAAAAAUUCCGAGUUCUAAUCUAACCUAACUUAGUUAUUUGACGUUGUUUGACGUGUCAAAACGUUUGCAUGCUCCGAGCAAACGAACGAACGGCAAGAUAAUUCUUGCCAAAUUUAUUUUGAUUUUUGCCGUGAUGAAAAUAAACUGAAAAUGAAUAGUCUAGGUCUAAAUAUAAUUUUAAGGAUGGGUUGUUUAUGCGCCAAAGAGACCAUUACGGUAAACUCGAGGAAAUAUAGGGUCCGCGAACAUCUCGGCGAAGGCGGGUUCAGCACAGUACUCUUAGCUGAGGAUGUUGUUACACACAAAAAGUACGCUAUUAAAAAAAUUGUUUGCUAUGGAUUAGAUGAUCAACAAUUGGCAGGGAAAGAAGUUGAGUAUUAUAAGUUGAUAAAUCAUCCAAACAUUAUAGAAUGCGUAGAUUCGACACGCAAGGGUACAGCGGAUCCAAUUCUCAACACAACAAGUGAAGUGUUGAUUGUUUUACCAUAUUAUCACAGAGGAACUUUAGCGAAUGAAUUAGAACGGCGAGCAAAGAAUUGUGAUUACAUGAAUCCUUUAGAUAUUCUUAGCAUUUUUCUACAGAUUUGCGAGGGGGUGAAAGCACUUCACGAAAUUAAACCAGAACCUCUUGCACACAGAGAUUUGAAAACUGCAAAUAUAGUACUUAGCGAUGAUGGAACACCAGUCAUUAUGGAUUUGGGUUCCAUGGCAACUGCCAGAGUUCAAGUAUGUGGUACUCAAGCUGCACGGGUUUUACAAGAUUUAGCAGCUGAACGAUGUUCUAUGCCAUAUAGAGCACCAGAAUUAUUCAACGUCGAGAGCUAUUCCAUGGUUGAUGAACGAACAGACAUUUGGUCAUUGGGAUGUAUAUUAUAUGCAUUAUGUUAUUUUAAAUCUCCUUUUGAUACUGUUUACGAACGUGGUGACAGCGUAGCUCUUGCCGUGAUGAGUGCACAUGUAACAUUUCCGGAAGAUACUCCGUAUAAUGAGGAUGUGCAGAACUUAAUCCUGUCAAUGUUGAAAGUCAAUCCGAUGGAACGUCCAUAUAUAUAUAGCGUAAUAGAAAGUGUGCACGAUACCAUUGCCAAAUUGGAAGGUAGAGUGUAAUUGCUGACAUGGCAUAAGCUAUUAUUAUUAAUGAUUUAAGCUAUGCCUUUAAGAAAUAUCACGCAAUAUUGUGCAAUGUAUGAAAAAGAAGGGAAAGAUAGAUGAAUGCAUUUAUAUAUCAAUUUAUACAAGCCUAUAAGCAAUAUGAAAAAAAACAUCACAAUUACAUACAUCAAAUUAUAUUUGUAAGAGUUUCAAAUGACCAAGGGGAGAUGGCAACAAAUAAUAAUAAUAAUGAAAAGAACGAAACGUUAUUUUCAGAAACAUUAAACACACGUGGCAUAAAGAUUCAAGAUUCAUACAUUCCUCAUGUAAUUUUAAUACAUUAAUUUACAAUAUGUAAAAAGUAAAAUAAGUAACAAAAAACAAUAUUUUAAUAUAUACAUGUCAUGGGAGAAGAAAUGUAUAUGUUAAUGUUAAUGUAUAUUUUAUUAAUGCACGGCGUGAUCAGGUAUGUUACAACAAAUGCAAAAAAAUUCUUUUUACGUUUAAAGAAUUAUUUUAAUAUAUUUAAAUUUCAUUAUCGUUAGUAUGAUUAUUCAGCUGUAUUUAUUGUCUUUAAUAUUGUAAUUGGAAAAGAUUUAUAUUUUAUUGUCUCAUAAUCAUUUCCAUCUUACAUUGUACCAUUAAAUUUUAUUAAAUUGGCUCAAUUCUUUCUAAAGGAA